AUGAAACUUUCAACAUCGAUUCUCAGCAGCCUAUUUUUCGCGGCCUUGGCAUGUGCAGACGGUGAAUUCAACGUUUUAUCGUUUAACGUUGCGGGAUUACCGGAAAUCUUGCAGAGUAACGGCGAGUCUUUGGACAAGACAACUGCUACCACGCAAAUCGGUAAAAAAUUCAGCGAGUUGCGUGACCAAUUGGACGUGAUUCAUGUUCAGGAGGAUUUCAACUACCAUGCAACCCUCUACAAGUAUGAUGAUCAUCCAUACAGAACCGCUACUUCCGGCGGUGUACCAUUUGGAUCUGGUUUGAACACCCUUUCGAACUACAACUGGGAGGAUUUCUCCAGAACCAAGUGGAAUAAGUGCUCUGAUGCAUCUGAGUACGAUUGUUGGACACCAAAAGGGUUCACGCACAUGCGUAUGGAGCUGGAAUCUGGUGUUUACAUCAGCAUGAUCAACUUGCAUGCCGAUGCAGGUACCGAAGACGGUGAUGAGACUGCAAGAGACUCCAAUAUUCAGCAGGUGGCUGAUUAUAUCGAUUCCUGGGCCACAGACGAGGCUGUGAUUGUCUUUGGAGACACAAAUUCACGUUACACGAGAACUGACGACAACAUUUCUGUGUUCAGCAGUCAAAAUGGACUAACUGAUGCCUGGGUGAAAUUAAUUCGCAACGGUGUUGCUCCAUCAAAAGGAGCCGAUGCAAUUAUGUGCAGCAAUCCUUCAACGACAAACAAUUGCGAGGUUGUCGACAAGGUGUUCUACAGAUCGUCAAAGUUCGUCACUUUGGAUGCGACGGCGUUCAAUUACGUGGGGUCUGAUUUCGAGUAUGACAAUGACACACUUUCGGACCACAAUCCAAUUCUUGUGAAUUUCACAUACACGGUUUCGGACGAUUUCCGGACCUCUGAGCUCACCGGUGGCAACUAUGGUGAAGUUUUCUUUAAUGACAUUAACAGCUUAACUGAUGGAUCGCAUCCUACAAAGCUUUCGUUCAGAGGUGCCAAGCGGUUGGAUAAUGUUGGUCUUACUUUGAGCAGUGGUACUGUUUUGUCGCACGGUGGAUCCGGGGGAGAUUUGAGUGAGCUUACAUUGGCUGACGGCGAGUACUGGACUAAAGCCACUUUGUGCACGGGAACAAAGAGUGGCACUUUGAGAAACUUCUAUAUUAGUGCAACAACUUCGAAAGGCAAUGCUUUAUCUGCCGGCUCGAAGACCUCGGACUGUACUUCGUAUGAGGCACCGAGCGGAUAUCAGAUUGGUGGAUUUUAUGGCCAGUCUGGCGACAAUGUUGACCAAUUAGGUUUCAUCUACAUCAAGACCUAA